AUGGCUGAAUAUACCGCUACCGGCCCCCCGGGCGCUGCCACUAACGGCUCGAACAUCAACGGCAACGGCGAUGCCAACUUCGCCCCCCCCGCCCCUAUGCCCAGCUCCAACGAAGCUGCCAAAACUUUGUGGAUGGGCGAAAUGGAGGGUUGGAUGGACGAAACUUUUAUUAAGAACAUCUGUCGCACUGUCCUUGGUGAAGAUGUCCAGGUCAAGGUCAUCCGUGACCGCAACUCCGGGGAUGACCGGGGCCCCGAAUAUAGCAUCUUUGUGGGCGACCUCGGCCCGGAGGUCAACGAGUUCGUCCUCGUCUCAUUGUUUCAAUCUCGGUUCCCAUCUUGCAAAUCAGCGAAGAUCAUGACCGAUGCCAUGACUGGCCAAUCCCGCGGUUAUGGCUUCGUCCGGUUCAGCGAUGAGUCAGACCAGCAGCGUGCGUUGGUCGAGAUGCAAGGCGUAUACUGCGGCAACCGCCCGAUGCGCAUCUCCACGGCAACCCCGAAGACUCGUAUGGCGGUCACGGCCAAGCCCAGGCCCAAGGUGGCAACCAGAUGA